AUGAACAGCGAGGACCAGUUUUACGCCUCCAGCCAGCUCUUCAAGGAGCCGUGCGCCUUUCAGAGAUCCCAGCCGCAGGAUUAUAGCCAGAGCCCCCCCGCGUGCCUGUACAUGGGUAGGCAGCCCCAACCGCAGCAGCAGCAGCCCCCGUACCCAAGUGUUUUGGGGGCCUUGGAGCAAGGCAGCCCGCCGGACAUUUCCCCCUACGAGGUGCCCCCCAUCACCGACGACCCAGGCAUUUCACAUCUCCAUCACCACCCUCACCACCAGCACCACCACUCUCAACUGCCUCACUCGCACCAGGAAGCGCUCCCCUUUGCAGAUGGGGCGGACUCUGGGGUGCUAGGGGAGCCCAGAGUGCACUUGCCAUUCCCCUGGAUGAAAUCCACCAAAUCCCACGCCUGGAAGGGACAGUGGGCUGGCACGGGUAAGACGCCUUCCCCUCUCUUCUUCUGGCCUCUCUCCUUCUCUCUCGAUCCAUGCUGAAGCAAGACGCAGUGUCUCGGUCGGGGUUAUGCUUUCAACGUGGGCACGGCUCUAUGCCUGACUGCCAAGUCGGAGAAAUGGGCUUCUUCCAGUCUCUCUUGGGCAAGGGUGGGGGCGAAGGAUGGUGAUAACGACAACCAGCACCACCUUUGAAAUAACUUGAUCCCAUAAAUGCAUUCGCAACACAACCUUAUAGGGUGGCCAGGCGGGAAAGAAAACCCCAUUUGGCUUAUGGGGCUUCUUCCAAAGGGGAGCGUGCAAAAGACUGCGAUCACACUUGGUAAGGAGGUGCCGCUGAAAGAAAAUGUGCGAUUUAUUGUGUUUUUAAGUGCUGGAAGCCGCCCAGAGUGGCUGGGGAAUUAAUAAUAAUAAUAGCCACUGAAAUAUACUUAAUCAAGCUGAGGGUUCUACAUCCCUCCCCAUGGCAGGCAGGAAAUAUUUCCUCUUCUGGUUGUUAAAUCUUCAGAGAGGCUUGGGACACCCUAAGGACUAACAACAAACUUUCACAAUAAAUCUGUGAGUGUUGAAGGUGCCACAAGAAUUUUGGGAGUUACUGCUGCACACCAAACAAAUAAAACACAUGGAUUCCCUCAUAGAACCCUGAAAACUCUAGGCUGUUAAGAGUGCUGGGAAUUGUAGCUCUGUAGAUAAACUACAGUUUCCAGAAUUGUGACUGUGUGUGCUUUAAAAGCACGGUGAUUACUCAGCCUUAAUACAGCAAUGCUUCUGGAUGUUGAAGGUCUUCCAUUUCCUGACUGGAACUGGGGAUCACUUUAAUGACAACAGACCCAGCCUUGGGAAUCCAGGGAGAGUUUUAUAUUUGUACAGAAUCUAGCAAUCUGUACGUGAUGAUCUUCUUCUUCUUCUUCUUCUUCUUCUUCUUCUUCUUCUUCUUCUUCAUGCAUUUUUCAUUUCAAUAUAUUUUGCCUAGCCUAUGGCCAGCCUUUAGAGAAACCAUUAGGCUGGAUCCCUGGUUGCACUUUUCUGAUGUAAUUAGGAAGCAACCAAGAAAGGGAGAGAACUAAGACUACAAUCCUGUAUUAUAUGUGUACCUGGAAACAGGGCCGGCCUACACAUGAGGCAAGGUGAGGCGACCGCCUCAGGCGGCAGGAUCCACAGGGCAGCAGGUCCCAAUGUCAACCUUUCUUCCUCACUUGUUCCUGAUGUAGAUCUUCCCUUGCCUCUUCUUCCCUGGUGUGGAAGGAGGCGCCAUUUAGGGGUCCGUCUCAGGUGCCAAAAUGUCUUGGGACAGCCCUGUCCGGGAAACAGUUUUGUUGGAUUCAAGUGGGCUUCCUUUUGAGCAGGCAUGUAUAUAUAGGAUUAAAUGAAUCCCAGACUCAAGUAGAGUAUCAUUAAGAUUAAGGCCACUUGUAAAACAACAACAAAGGUGCCCCAUUAACCAGGUCCUGCUACAAUAGAAAACCUUACUACAGCGUGUGAUGCCUUAGAACUACGCAGCAGUCUACCAACAAUAAUUUAUUAGGCAAUUAAUAUUGGGGCAAAUAUUCUGUAAUGCCAUAAUCCUACACAGCAAAGAAGGCAAACACUGAAUCAGCUGAUCAGUUGAGAGUAAGAACUUUAAGCUGACUUUAUCCAAACCAAUGCUUGGUUUGCUACUGUUUUGAAAACCAACAUAUUUGGGAGCUAAAAGUUAGAUCCAAAGAUGCGAGUCACCUCACACUAUGACCACUGUGCGUCAAAUUCAGCUUCCUUCGCUUGCAGUCCGCAAAAGUGUCUCCCCAGACUAGCUCUUCAAAAGUAUUCGCCCUUCAUGAGACAGUUUCUCGUUUUUGCUCACAGAGCUCCUGGGAAAAGUGGCAAGAAUAUGUCUUAUUAUUAAGACAUAUUAUUAAGUCCGUGAAACUUUUCUCUUAUUAUUAAGACAUACUUCGGGGUUUUGCCUCAAUCUUAAUCAAGUCCUUACUGGUUCUUGGGAAUUGAGUACAGCAUUUCAGCAAAAUUUUAAAAGGAUUCGGUUUUUUAUUUUAUGUUCAGAUUCUCUUGGGGCAGGUGGAGAAAUCAGUAAUCUUAUUCCACUAUAACCCCGCUAAGGCAACCAAGCCACUAUGUCUGGAUUUAAAGUAGUCUAGUAAUCAUUUUAGAAAACUUGCUUUGAUAAACAUUUCUACGUGUUCUCCAAAAAGGAGAGAAAGAGAAAGAAGAAAUGUAAAGGGGAAAUUAUUUUCCAUUUAAAUAAUUUUUAUUCCAAAUGCCUUGGUUUCACUGACUUUGGGCAGGUCGGAGAUCUUGCAUUUUUAUGCAGGAGGGGGGUUUCCUGGCCCGGCGUUUGCUCCAGUUAUAACAGGAUCUAAACCAGAGCGUGCCAACUAAUUUCCUCCACUUAGCCUAGUUACCUUCACGGGGAGCAAAGCUAUCUAAUAUGGAAACAGAGAAUUGGGAGCGAUAAAUUGCCAGAAACCAUUUCCAUAAAGAUUAGCAAGCGGAACCCUGGAAAGGCAAUCCACCGAACCGUUCAGCUGUUGCCUCUUGACUUUAGCCAAGUGGAAACUGAUUCUGCACUCCAGUAGUAAGCGAGCCCCACUGACGUGCGCGGAACUUUUGCAUUAAUGCGCUGAAGAUUAGACUCUUGUUGGUGGCGAAAUUGUUUCCUUCGCAGUGUAAUCCUCUGCACCUUUAGUCGGAGGUGUUAGCCUGGCGCCUAUUCCCACGAAAGUGCAAAUAGAGAUUGCAGUUUAAACCGAUUUAUUCUCAGUGUCGCCGACAGGACCAAACCGGAUUUAGACGGUUUGUUGUGGACGGGGCCUUAUACCGAAACCGACGAGAGGGGCUGCCCGCAACUUAUGCGUAUCGAUAUGGAACUAAAUCCUAUUGA